GCAAAUACUAAUAUGAAAAGUCAUUGGUGACUCGUGUCUGGAGUCCCUUCCCUCUGUGCGCGCUCACGGUAGAAGCGUUUAGUAUCAGCGGGGCCUUCACAAAUCACACAUCAACUCAACUAUCAAGCAUGUCCGCCCCGAGUGCAGAUGGCUCUGGUUCUGCUGGGAUGUCUGGGGGUAACCGCAGACUGCAGCAGACACAGGCACAGGUGGAAGAGGUGGUGGACAUCAUGAGAGUGAAUGUCGAUAAGGUCCUGGAACGAGACCAGAAGCUGUCCGAUUUGGAUGAUCGUGCCGAUGCCCUGCAGGCCGGUGCUUCCCAGUUUGAGACCAGUGCUGCCAAACUCAAGAGGAAAUACUGGUGGAAGAACUGCAAGAUGUGGGCCAUUUUGAUAGCUGUGGUUUUGAUCAUUAUUGUCAUCAUUAUCAUCUGGUCGCAGUCAUAAAAACUAAAAUCUGGUUAUGAUUGGAGGAGAAGAUCAGGAUAUGAAGGAGUAUCACCUUCGGAAAGAAGAGAGAAAUAAUGAAUGAUUGCUCUUCCAAUACGUUCUAACCUGCUGAUUUUCAAAAGCAUAUCUUGUAAACUAUCCUCAAUGUUUUUUUUCUUUUUAUAUGUUUUGUUUUUAAUGACUGGGAUUUGAAUAUGUUCCUGAAUGCCAUUUCCAGAAUACAUCUAACACACUCCUCUGUGCAAAUCAGUGACAGUGUACAGGUUACAGAAUGAUCCAUAACCAUAACACACAUGCUUUCAUGAUAACAUGAGGCCAAAACGUAUUGACCAAAACUCUUUUUGUGAAAGCCAUUUGCCAACAUCUGAUCUCAUUGAUGAAUCCCUCAUGGACUCUUGUGAUGGACGGCCAUGAUCAGACACUCUUGUUUUGGCCGCGUCAGAGUCUUUCUGGGCCAACGAGACAAAAGAGCCUUUCCUGAACAAGCACAGACGUGCCUUUAAACAACUCCACUGCCAUCCUGUAACAACAGCACAGAACUUUGCUCUGAUUUUACUCAGAAUAGCUGCACAAAAAUUAUAUAUAUACAAGUUUGCGAUAUUAUUAAAAGAUUGAAUUUGAAAGUGAUAAUUCACUAAUAAUUUAACUGCAUUAUACAUAUUGCCUUAUGUAGAAAUAGUUUGCUUGGAAAUAUCUUUGCUUAAUGAGGAUUUCAGUAGUAUUUUGGUGUUUUCUUCACCUCUCGCUCACGGUGCCAAAACAUUUGUUUAUUGGAGCUUUUUUGUAUGUUUCACAUGUGUAUAAAUUGUAAACAAGUGCAAUUCUAUGCUUGUGGCCUUACUAACUGUUAAGAAUGUUGAAUUGCCCAUGUUGGCUCAAUAAAACACGGAUUUAACAUC